AUGAACAUGAUCAACAUUAUGUGGUGUGUCAAGGUGAAGUGUGACGUCGGGGAGUGGAUAGGGCCCCCAGGGAGCAUAAGCAAUGUCUCCGGCAACUCCGCCGUGUGGGGCGCACCAGUCUCCCCUUGCUCCCCUUGCAAUUUUUCCAUGCACGCGCAGAACUGUCCCGCCGCCCUACAAAUGGAGCUUUGCGGGAAUGCCGUCACCCACUCCCUCCUUGCCUACGACCCAUCUGUGCCGUGUAGCGAGGUGAAUCUUUUUUACAAGCUCGCCGUGCUUGUGAUUCUGCUCUCUUACACGGUAGCAUACCCGAUUUUUCUGGUGGUUGUGGCAGACCGGGGGAGCAAGAUUCUGGAGAGGGAGUACCCGCUUGACAAGCGCCUCAUGGAUGAGUUUACCGAGAAGGAGCUUUAUUACGAAAAGGCCCGCAAGUCAGCCAAUGUCUCGGCACCCGUGUACCAGGCCUACCGCCGCAGCUACCGCAAGGCGCGUCUCACCUUUCUGCUUCAAAGGGUCUUUUUAGUGACAAUCGGUUGUCUGACGAGCCGAGGCAUUAAGGACGACCUGUCAUGGAUCGGCCUGGCGCUUGUCCUUCUGGUUUGCAUGGCAUACUUUUUGUACACCGUCCUGCUGCACCCCUACGCCCGUCCUGUGGAAAACAUUUACGGGGCCACGCAACAAUUCACUAUUGCGUGUGUGGCCUCCGUUGGGGUGGUGGGGCAGCGGCUUGGAAGGCGCGCCAUUCCGUUUGGGGUGGCUGUACUGUUGGCUGUGAUCAUGGUUGUUGCCCCUUUGGCCGCACUCACCGUUGGUCUCGUGCGGACCUUCCGGCAGGACCGCGAGCGUGCAGAGCGACUGCAGCGACGCCUCCAAGAAGGCUUUGCGGUGGUGAGGAAAGCUCCCCAGGCCUCCUCCACGUCAAACGCCGGGGGGGACGACGCCCUGCCCGGCCUCGUGGGCGAGAGCGUAGAAAGUUGGAAGGGCGGGGGCGGGAAGGCGUCUGGUGGCGGUGCCGCGCGUGCGGCGAGGCGAGAGCGGCAAGACCGGGGGAGCAACUCUUCCCGCAAGCUGCGUCUCUCCAACAGCCGUGGGAGCGGUUCUGGGACACACGCGGCGAAGCCGCCGCCGGCCAGGGAGGUGUGUGAAGCAGACGCGGGAUCCUUUGCGGGGCCGCGCCAGCACUGCUCGCAGAAGGGGUCGUGCUCCCUGCAGGGGCGUUCGGCCCACGGGGUCAAUCUGGCCGACCCCACAGCAGAGGAGCAGCCGAUGGAACUCACGCCGCACCCAGGCGACGCCGGAGUUGCGCGAGCCGCGCCCUCCGCGUCGCAGCAGAGUCCAGCUGCGGAAGUAAGUUACGGCUUUGAGUUCCCUGAGGAUGACUACUUCAAGGAUGCGCGGCGAUUUAUACCCGCCGUGUACUUUGCCGGGUUUGACGAUCUAUUGUUGCUCCUCUCUGGGGACGCGGCGAAGAAGGAAGCAGAGCGGCAGCGGCUGCUGCACGCGGAGGAAACUGGAAAGUGGAGCGUUGAAGGAACACUGCGGAAUUUCUUUUCAUUCUUCUCCACCCUCCGUGGACAACUGGUGCCGCGGAACACCACUCCGGGACAGAAGGAGCCGCUGGUCGCUGGGGCGGAGGAGCUGCAGUCCACCACCCCCCGCGGGGGCACAAGGAAUAGGAAGGAGGAGGCGGCGGCGGCGGCGGCGGAGGCGGCGGUGUCUGGCGGGCAAGAAGGUCAGAAAACGACCGGCGAUGUGAAAAGCCAUCCAACUGCCAAUGCCCCACGGAAGAGUGUGUUUUUUCGCUGCUGGAAGCGUUGGCGCAAGGCGCUCAACAUUCACGACAGCUCACUGCAGUAUGCCGACGUGCUGGAGAGGCGAAGGAAGUUGCGGAAGUCAACGGGGCUGCGGGAGCGGCCUUUUUGGCUAGAGCCCUCCGAAGCACAGCAGCAGACGUACAACGUCCCGGGAAGCUCGUCGCCGUCGCAUUGCGCGAGAGAGAACCGCGCGGUGGCGUCCGAGCGAAAUGCCGCCGGGGAGUUCACGGCGUUUUCGAGACUGAAGCAGCGGAAGAACCUGCACCACCCUCCCAUUGUGCUGGACCGCAAGCGAGCCCAUUCGUUUGCCGGUGGUCCCCCGUCUAGCUCGGAUGAGGUGGAAGUACUGCUCAGCAGCUCGGGGCGGAGGACCCCCGAUGAGCACGCCUCCGCGGAGCAUGCGGAUCCGCCGAAGAGAACGCCGCCAAAGACGUUGGUGUCGCUCGUGGAUCGCGGAUCGGAGGCAGCUCCAACGGAGUUCAAUGAGCCGCAGGGGCAGGAGGGCUCGGUCUCAAUGACAGCGCGGUUCGAGUGUAUUUUGAACGCAGAGAGGCAGGUGCAAAGGCUUGAGCACCUGUGUCAGCGGGAGCUGCAAACUCGGUACGACGGGGACCGCCGCCCGACGGUGUAUGCCGCCGUCUACCCAAAGGUGAACCUGGAGGGGGUGGAUGUCACCGAUUGGGACGAGUUUAUGCAGCAGCUACUCGCCGAGAUCUCCUACUCCGAAGCGAGCUCGGCGGGGGACUCCCUCUCGGUUUCACGGAGGACGGGGUCGGAGUGCGCGUCAGAAUCCACGUCGCUGCGGGAAGGCGUGGCUUCAGGCAGCCCAACCCUAACCCCUGGAGGAAAAGGGCGAAAGUCACGAAAGGAGACGCUGGGCGCAUCCGUUGGCCACGGCGCUGAGGCGGACCUGCGGCCUCUCCCCAUACCGUCCACGGCACCCAGCCGCGUCAAGUUGCUGCUGCGCCACUUUGUGCUGCGUCGUCGCCUCAGCGAGGUAUUUAAGGAGCAGCGGACGCGGCUUCGUGCGCUGCAGCAGGCAGUGGACUUCCGCAUUGCCGACACCAUCAAGAAGUACAUGCAGUGGUUUUUUCUUGCCCUGAGCGUUUGCACAACGGUGGCCCUCGUCCUCUGUCUGUGUGGAAUGCUGCAGGGGAGGAAGCCCGACUUCGUGGAUGGCCUCUGGCGCGACAACAGCGUGGAGCGAGAGCUGAUGGGCCACGACAGCUGGGAAAGCUUCACAGAGCACUGCUGCUGUCUCUCCAGGGAAAACCUCACCGCCACCUACCCGUACUACCUCUUGGACGUGGAGAAUUGGCUGUGCGACGACGGUCGCGUCAAGCAACGCGUCCGGCGCGACGCGUAUGAAAGCACCGUGGUGAGUGGUUACAGCCUGCGGGAUCUCUGCGGGAUGACGUUCUACAAGGGCUGUCAUCCCUUCGUGACCCCCGACGGCCGCGUAGAACUACUGGGCUGCAGUGAGACGGUGACGGAGAUGGAAAAGAAACGCUGGUGA